AUGGAUAAGCUGCUCCUGCUUUUUUCGAUAUGUUUAAUUCUCACGGUGAUUUUCGAUUUCCCGGUCGAGGGUUACCGGUAUUUUCGACAAGGACGUUUAGGUAAAAAAGUCGACGAUUCCAAACCAAGCAAAUUCGAACGUUGGUUUACACAAAAUCUGGACCACUUCAAUCCCAACAAUCAAAAAACUUGGCAGCAACGUUACUACGUAAACGACGAAUUCUUCGACAAUGCCACCCGAAAGACAGCUUUCCUACAAAUCGGUGGAGAAGGAGAAGCCACAGCCAGCUGGAUGACGAACGGUUCUUGGUACAUUUACGCAAAAGAAUUUAAACCGAUUCUAUUCCAAUUGGAACACAGAUAUUACGGGAAGAGUCAUCCUACUGAAGAUCUACGUACAGAAAAUCUGGUCUACUUGACCAGCCAACAAGCUCUAGCCGACUUGGCCUUCUGUAUAGAAUCCAUGAAUGAGAAAUAUGAACUUUCUCCAGACGUAAAAUGGAUUGUAUUCGGCGGUUCUUACCCAGGAUGUUUAGCCGCCUGGGUCAGACAAAAAUAUCCUCAUCUAGUACACGGGGCCAUGUCAGCUAGCGGUCCUUUAGAAGCACAAUUAGACUUCCCAGAAUAUUUCGGGGUAGUCCAAGACGCCUUGAGAUCAGUGAGCGACGAGUGCGUAGCAGCAGUAAAAACCGGCACGGCCCAAGUAGAUAAACUUAUACUCACCAAAGACGGCCAGAAGAGGCUCGACGAGCAGUUCAAAUUGUGCGACAAGCUGGAGGAGACCAUCGACAAUCCGAUGGACGUGUCGAAUUUCUACCAAAGUCUGGCCAACAAUUUCGCCGGUGUGGUCCAGUACAACCACGACAAUCGCGAAUCGAACCUGAAAUUGAAUCUUACCGUCGAGAAACUGUGCGAUGUCAUGACCAACAAGGACCUGGGCAUCGAGGUCGAUCGAUUAGCGGCCGUGAAUAAUCUGUUACUGAACGGGUCGAACGAAACUUGCUUGGAUUACAAGUACGAUAAAAUGAUAUCGGAGAUGAGGAACGUCAGUUGGGACGCCGAGGCUUCCGAAGGAGGUCGACAGUGGACGUACCAAACGUGCACAGAGUUUGGUUUCUUCCAAACGUCCAGUUACAAGCCGCAAAUAUUCGGUGACGGUUUCCAGUUGGAUUUCUUCAUUAGCAUGUGCGAAGACAUAUUCGGAAAGGGGUACGACAGGAAGUUCUUAGACAAGGCGAUCGAGAGAAGCAACACGCUCUACGGUGGUUUGGAUAUCGAAGUAACUAAUGUUGUGUUCGUACACGGCUCUUUGGACCCCUGGCACGUGCUCGGUAUAACGAAAACGCGAGAUAAUAAAGCGCCUGCUAUUUUGAUUAAAGGAGCUGCGCAUUGUGCUAACAUGUACAACCCAUCCCCUAGUGACACACCUCAAUUAAAGGCAGCUAGAGUUCAAAUCAAAAAUUACAUAGAGGAUUGGUUAAAUUUAUAA